AUGUCAACCGCGAAAUCGCGCUGGGCAGACGAUGACCCAGAGACAGAAGCAAUCGUUGCCCAGCGCAAGCGCGAGAAGGAAGAGAAGCGUCGCGCCAAGGCGGAAAAACAACGCCAGCUCGAGGAGGCCAGCAAAGCUCAAGCUGCCACAGAAACAACCGAUGCUGACCAAGGGGUCAAUGGGGAGUCAGGUCCACCAAAGAAGCGAAGGAGAUUGUCGAAUGAUCCUGACGCGCCCUCGGUGGAUGAUGAGGUCCGGACGAGUGAGGAGACGAAAAAGCAGUCAAGCUUGCUGAGAUUCCCUGUUGGCGAAUGGGGACCCUGCAGGCAUGUUGACAACUUUGAGCGGCUGAAUCACAUCGAGGAAGGCUCUUACGGAUGGGUUUCGAGGGCCAGGGAUAUUACCACGGGCGAGAUUGUCGCGCUGAAGAAAUUGAAGAUUGAGAACUCGCCGGACGGUUUCCCAGUGACGGGAUUGAGGGAGAUCCAAACGCUUUUGGAGGCGCGACACCAGAAUGUUGUCUAUCUCCGGGAGGUGGUCAUGGGUAAUAAGAUGGAUGAUGUGUUCUUGGUGAUGGACUUCCUUGAACACGACCUUAAAACUCUCCUUGACGAAAUGCGCGAACCAUUCCUCCCAUCUGAGAUCAAGACUCUACUCCUACAGGUCGUGGGUGGCCUUGAGUUCCUACACUCGCAAUGGAUCAUGCACCGCGACCUGAAAACCUCCAACCUCCUCAUGAACAACCGGGGCGAGAUCAAGAUUGCCGACUUUGGUAUGGCACGGUACUACGGUGACCCACCACCCAAGUUGACACAGCUCGUCGUGACUCUUUGGUAUCGAUCGCCCGAGCUACUGCUGGGCGCGGACAAAUAUGGCACGGAAAUCGACAUGUGGAGCAUUGGCUGCAUCUUCGGCGAGCUUCUCACCAAGGAGCCCCUGCUUCAAGGCAAGAACGAAGUUGACCAGGUCUCCAAGAUUUUCGCCUUGACGGGGCCUCCCAAUCAGCAAAUCUGGCCAGGCUUUCGAUCUCUGCCCAAUGCAAAAUCUCUACGUCUCCCUUCGACAUCGGUAACGCCAGCUGGAAAUCCGCCCUUGCUGCCUCGUUCCCGAUUCCCCUAUCUCACAAAUGCAGGCUUGAAUCUGCUGUCUAUGCUAUUAGCGCUGAACCCAGCUUCCCGUCCAACUGCACAGCAGUGCCUAGCACAUCCAUAUUUCCGGGAAGACCCCCGUCCCAAACCGAAAGAGAUGUUCCCAACCUUCCCCUCCAAGGCUGGCAUGGAGAAGCGCAGGCGCCACCAUACACCCGAGGCCCCUAAGCGUGGUCAAGAUGCACCUGAGCUGGAUUUUGCAGGUGUCUUUGGUGGGGCGCCUGGGGGUGAUACGGGUGAGACUGGUGCUGGCUUUUCUCUUCGUCUCGGAUGA